CCUGAGGGGCUGAUGGGAACUGGCAGAGGCAGCAGCAGAAUCCUGCUCUGUGACCUGGCCUGGCGGUUCAUCUGUCAGAACUUCUACCUCUGGUCUCCGUGGGCUGGCUGAGUGAUGGCUUGUGCGUGGCCUGGAAGGGGGUCAGUUGGGCAAUGACUUCAUAAAUGAAGGCGGAGUCCCGAGGGGUGCCCAGCCCUUUCCUCAGAAUGCCUUUCCCAGCUCUCACUUCUCUCCCCCUAGUGCUCUUUCCCUGGGAGUGCUGCAUUUCCUCCUGGCCUCUCUGUCUUUGGAGGAAUCUUCAUGCUUCCUCCCUUCUGCCAUGAGCAUGAGUGGGAGAGGAAGAGGUAGCUCCCCAGGACUUAUUUAGGCUCCUGGGGCCAGGAAAGGGGAGGAGUCCUUUAGUGGAGGAACUCUGAUCUUUGAGGUUCUGGACCGCUCAGUGUGAGCUGUGGCAGUGUUACAUGCUAUUCCUAGGACAGGUGCAAAGUCCCAGGUAGAUGGGAGGAGCUGCCUCAGGCAGGCUGGGCUUCUCUCUGGCUCUGGGCCAGCGUCACAGUGUGUUUGGAGUGGGUGUUGGGAAGAGUGCAGGGUCUUUGCCCACGUCUGCUGAGUGAGGCCCACACAGUGCUGGGAGGAGCAGUACACCUCCCUGGGCCCAGUCCUGGGGGUGGGGGUGCCCUGGGAGCUUCCAUGGACCUGCAGGAGUAUAGUCAGGGUGAGGGGCUGGGGCACAUCAACAACAACAGCGUUCAAAUCCUGCUCUGCCACUUACUAGACUUGUGGCCUUGCCAAGUUACUUCUCUGAGCUUCAGUUUCUUCCUCUGUUGUAGAAGGAUAAUAGGCAUUAGGGCUGUUGUAGGAUUAGCACCACACCUGGUAUAGUAAAUACUGAACACGUGAUAGCCACAUUAGUAUCAUUACUGUCGUUAACUACCACCAUAAUUUCUUUAAGGUUGUUUGGAACUGAGGGAUAAGGGGGCCAGGAGACGGGCCAGGCUCGCUCCGGUGGUUUAUCUCUGAGGACUGAGGGGUGGGGGCCAGAGGCCUCUCUCUGGAGAAGGAGGUGGGUGGAGAGGACAGGUGGAGGCGUCUCCCUGAGAGGGCUAUGUGGGAGCAUGUGUGAGGAGGAAGGCUGAGUCCUCCUUGCUGGCCAGCCUGUUCCCCACAGAUGUUGGCUGCUGUAGCUCUCAGUCUUCAGCCUUGCCCACCGCAGCAUGGCAGCAUGGUAGCUGUUUCCAGCUCUAUUGCUCUCUUCAUACCCCUGACACGACCAUAGCCGUUGCCUGCUGGCACUUGGAUUGCAUGGUCCAGUAUGCCUCCUGCACCAUUCUCUGGCCCCAAACCCACCUAGAAUACAUACCAGGUAAAGAUUAUCUAUCUAUCUAUCUAUCUAUCUAUCUAUCUAUCUAUCUAUCUAUCUUACCUAUCCUACCUAUCUUAUCUAUCUUACCUCUGGCCUUAUCUGCCUCCAGCCCAGCCAUAAUGUGGCUUAUCUAAAGGCCUGAAAGAUGGGGCACCUAGCGCUACCCAGCUUUCCAGUUCUUUCAGUUCCCUUCUUAGGGCUUCCUGAGACACGGUGGCCAGGACCUGUGCAGAGCUCUUACAGAGGGGAUUCUCACAACCUCCAUUCCUCGUGAGCAGCUGAGGUGAGUGGCCCCCAAGAUAGGCCUGUGGGCCCUGGGCACUGCCUUUCCAGGCAGCCAGAAGAAUUCCCAGGCUGAGACUGAGCUGAGAGCUGGCCACCAUGAUGGGGGCAGGGAAGGAGAAGGGAGCAUGGGUGAGCAGAUGCCUGGGCCAGCCAGAAGGGACUUAGGGGAAGGUAGCCAGAUGUAGGAUAGGGAAGUGGAGACCAGAAGGCUUGUGAGGGGAGUCCUGGCCCCAGGAGGAAAACAGAGGAGCCUGAAGAAAGGGAAACAUCUCAAGAGGAAGGAGUUGCAGAGUGAUUGAUGGAAGGGGAGAGGGAGAAGGAUUUGGAGGUAAGAGUGCGGGAAGGGUCUGGUGUGGUGGGGACAAAGAGCUGCUGCUCAGUAGGAAAAGGGAAGGACCGGCUGUAUCAGGUUGGAUUUGGUAAUGAGCCUAUGGAGGGUCCUGCAGGGGAGCUUGGGGGGGGGCGGGUACAGGGGCCAACUGUAGACCAGGAGAGGGUGAAGGGGAAAGUGGGUGGGGGAGAGGCCCCAGGUAGAGUUUUGGGAUUCAUUUUAUUUUUCCAAGAGUAAGGGGACCUUUCAGAUGGUGACCAGUAACUGAGGAGACAGGACCUGGGGGUGGAGGGCUAUCCAGGGCACCUACCCCCAAGCCACUCUUGCAUUCCAUCCUUUCUCUUUCGUUUUUUUCUGAGGCAGAGUUAUCACUAUCUCAUUGGGAAAUGGUUGGUAGGAGUACCCAUCCCACUACCUUGCAGAACACAGCAAGGGAGGGAGGCCCAGGAGUCAGAGCCAAGGGAAGAAGUAAUCAUGGGGGUUGGUAAUGUGAGGUCUGGCAGCCAUGCCUCUUAUCUUUUCCUGGGUCCUCUGUUCAUCAACACUGUGGGGGUCUGGCUGGAAGAUGGUGGGCCUGCCUCCCUACCCCUCAGGCCCUUCUGAGCAAAGGGGCAACUCUGCUGUGGGAGAAAACAGACCUCACUCUUACUUUCCUUUUGGGAUAAACACUGUUCCAUCUUUUUUCCAGAAGGGUUCUAUGAAGGGCAGAGGAGAAUCUAGCAUUCGUGAUGGUUACCCUCCUUAGUGUAUAGUGACCACCUCACAUUCUAGAAACAGGGAAGUCAAAUAAUUCCAAGUCCUGAUUGUUCUAGAACCUUUGGAUCUUCAUUGACCCCAGGCUGCCAAAGGGAGAUUUAAAAACCUGAACCAAUAUCUCCCUUCCCCAAACUGAAACUGGCUUCUUUGUCUCCAGUUGGUCCAGGCACAAUGUCCAGCCUAUUUGAGGAAAUCACGAGUUGUGGUCCAAGAGAUGGAGCUGGAGGGGAUAUGAUUGCUGUCAGAAGCAUCCUUGACUCUGACAGAUUUCACUGCUUCUCUUUGGUGAGUGGGAGGAGAAAUUUCCGGGGAUGCCAGUACCACAGGACAGACCUCACCCUAGAGGACAUAGUGGAGAGAGAGGAGGGUGAAGUGCUGUUUGAUAAGCUGGAUUCUGGGCUCCAAGGCCAAAAGGCUGAGUUCCAAGUUCUGGAUGUGGUAGACUCAAAAGGAAUGUUGAUAGUGAAAUUAUCCAAAGAAAUAAUAAUUGCAGGGACCUUCCACAGAUCCCACAAGCAGAGAAUCAAGACAUUGGAGACCUGGACCCAGCAGUAUCUGGAUUCCCUUGAGAACAGAGAGUUGAAGAGAAAACUACCUACUUUGUUGCAAUCAAUCUGGGAAAUGAGAGCAGACCUCUAUCUGGUGACAGAGACUCUGGAGACAGCAAAGAAGGAAACCGUGAAAACUGAAUGGCAGUGUAUGCUGCGGAGCUGGAUGGGAGGCAGGGUCUGUGAGAGAACCAGCCUUGGCCCACCCAUGGUAAGUCAGGGAGAUAUCAGCCCAGAUGUCAGGCUCUUCAGCUCUCCUUCCCACCAAAGGUCAGUAACCAACCCCCUAAAGCAGGUCCUGAGCUAUUGAGUAAAGCAGCUCAUCUUUCCCAACAUGGAGAGAAUGAGGAAAUCCUUGAGUUUGGAGGACUUCAGAAACAUGAAGGAGAAGGUGCAGGACAUGCUGAGAGGCCUCUAGGAUCUGACUGAUGUGCUAAGCUGCCUCACUAAGCACCUCAACAAGGAGGGGCAGCGACAGAAUCUAGAACAAAGGGUGUCUGAGGCCCUGAUCUCUGGUGACCUGGAGGGUCCAGCAGAUCCUCUUGUAAGUAGCCUUUUUAAUCUUUUUAAUGCUGCUGGGAUCUUGGUAAAAACACAUACAGAAUCUAUUCUGAAUGUCCUGGAUGCCUUGAUCGAGAUAUCUUAGGAGCAGCAUCUUGUGGCUGAGGCCCUGGAAAAGGGGAUCCUGUCCCUGUUGAAAGACCAGAUAAAGUCUGUCCUGGAGCAGAACUGGGGUGAGCAGCCCCACGAUGUGGGCUGUGACCCUGAUGCAAGAUUUCUCUGUGCCCUCCGUGUUGCUGUCUCCGUCCUGCUGCAGCUGGGUGAGAAGCCUAUCUUAGUGUCUUCCUAACUAUGUUAGCUCUUGAACCAUCUGGAUGCUCCCCUCCCAGACCGUCCUCUCCCCCUGCACCCCCAAUCACUAGAACAAUGUCUUUAUAACAAACAGCUGACUUUUCUUUGAUAGAUCCCAUUCCCUUCAUGAUAAUGCCCCCAAAUCAGCCUACAUUAUAUGCAUGGACUUUUCUAAGAGUGGCAGAUUGAUCAUAUUAAUUUUCUCUCCUUGAAAUAUCACUAAAUAAAGUACUAGAAAAGAUGUAAACCCACAAUGAUAAAGAGAACAAGGCAGCAGAUAAGAGAUUCUGACACAUCUUUGGAAACUAGCAGGUUACUAAAGGAGUUUAAGCCGGGAGGUGUGGGCCUGAGAUGUGCUGGAAGUGUAGGAGGAGACUGCUCUUCUCUCAUCUUGAGGCUUUUCUCUUUAAUAUUUUUAAGACAAGGUAAUUAAAAGUAAAAGAAAUAUAUUGUAAAGCAUUUCAAAUAUUUCUCAAAGUUGAAGGCGAUCUCCCCUUCUUUCUCUAAUAUAACCACUGUUAACAUUUUGGGGUAUGUUAACAGUCUUCCUAUGAAACAGUGUUUAAAAUGGUAAUUUAGGAGCUUAUGGGUGGCUCAUUCAGUUAAGUGUCCAACUCUUGAUUUUGGUUCAGAUUGUGAUCUCAUGGUUUGUGGGUUCGAGCCCUACAUCGGGCUCUGCACUGACAGUGUGGAGCCUGCUUGGGAUUCUCUCUCUCCCUCUCUCUCUCUGCCCCUACCCCACUCAUGGGCAUGCUCCCUCUCUUAAAAUAAAUAAAUAAACCUCAAAAUAUGGUAAUUUAAACAUGAAAGUAGGAUGAUAUAACAAAUUUGUUUUCUAUUUUUUGCACUAGAGUUGUUUUUUCUUUUAAAUUUGUAAAAAUAUCAUAUGCAACAAGAAUUCUUGUAGAUGCUGUUGGGAGUGUAGAUUGGUCAACCACUUUAGAAAACUGACAUAUCUACUAAACACAAGCCUAUGAGCUGGCGACUCCACUUUCUAGGCACGUACCCAAGAGAAAUGAGUGCAUGUCUUCACCAAAAGACAUACAUUUACAAAAACAUUAGCAUAAGAGCCCCAAGCUGAAAACUACUCAAAUGUCCAAUAACUUUAGGAUGGAUAUGUAUACUGUGCCAUAUUUAUGCAAUAAGAGAGAACAAAUUACUGCUAUACAUAACAGUAUGCAUGACUUUCACAGACAAUGCUGAGCAAAUGAAGUCAGACACAAAAGAACAUAUUUAUAUUUGGGUCCUCUGAGAAGCAGGUGCCAAACUAGAAUUAGACAUGCCAAAGUCUUUUUAAGGGAAGAGCCUGUGAAGAAUAAAGGGAGAGGAAUGACAAGUCUUCAGUGCAGGUUUAAAACCUGUGAAGGGAGAGAAGGAGGGAAGAAUCGAGUAGGAAGAGUCUCAGAAUGCAGGGCAGUUUUGAGAGUCUCAGUCAAGUUGACUUCAGCAAAGGUUGUCUACUGGAGGAGCCCCCAUCAGGCAGAAAUGGCCAGGCUCUAGUAUCCCUACCAUGCUCCGCCUUUGGCUGGAAGCAGCCCAGGGGAGCUUGAUCUCAGGAGGUAGAUCUACAGGGCAGCAGCUAGAGGUUGUUAGUCAACUCUGCUUCUUGAAGCAGAUUCUCCUAAAGAAAAAUCUGAGUGGCAUCCUCCAUGGCCACCACAAUACUGUAUGAUUCCAUUUAUAUGAGGCUCAAGAGCAGGGAAUGCUUAAUCAAUGGUUGUUGAACUCAAAAUAGUGGUUAUCUUAGUGGGAAUAGUCUUAACUGGAAAGAGGCAUGAGGGAAUCUCCUGGGGUGCUGGAAAUAUAUAAAGAUUCAUUGAGCUAACAUUUAAGAUCAGUAUAUUUCACUGUAUUAUUCAUCAAUAAAAAAAAAAAGUUGGGGCGCCUGGGUGGCUCAGUGGGUUAAACGGCCAUCUUCGGCUCAGGUCAUGAUUUCGCGGUCCAUGAGUUCAAGCCCCACAUCGGGCUCUGUGCUGACAGCUCAGAGCCUGGAGCCUGUUUCAGAUUCUGUGUCUCCCUCUCUCUGACCCUCCCCU